AUGUCAGCGAGGCAAUCUGGCGUGCGGAAGGCGAAUCGCCCGCGGAAGGAGAAGAGACCACGCCAACCUGCUCCACGGAACGCGGCCGAGCAGCAAUUGUAUCGUGAAGAAACCUAUGACAGGAUCCAAGCCGAGCUUCGGAGCGAGAGAUUCAAACAUCCGUUCGUGACUGGGGUGGKCGUCUCCCAAGGAGAUGGCGCUGUCUGGUUCUCCCUCACGCGCGAAGGAGGAGUGCUCCGUCGCAUUUGGGCUGAUGGCUGGAAAGGACCUAGUCAAUUCACCACCGCCGCAGAUUAUGAGGUCGGGGGACUUAUGACUGCAACAUUCCGCGAGACAUUGACGCGCAAGGCGAAAGAGUGCGCAGCGCUGAUUCGUGCCGAGUCUUUGGAUGGAGAUGUACAUGCGAAUGGCAGAAGCAUCACAAGAGUUGAAGCCAUGCUGAUCGAGGAGUUUUAUCAGUGCUGGGAUACGGCUGUUAAGUUUUGUCAAGCUAUGGACCUGCUUGAACGCCCGCCGAGGAUGGAGUGGCCACGCGCUGAGCAAGAUGCAGGCAAAGAACUAUUUCAACAACUGCAGAACGCCUACGACGCGGGCCGUGGAACCAAGACAUUCUUUCCGUCGCCGGAGGCGUGCAGCAUUACUGCAUUGUGGCUCUUGACGGAUUGGGAUGACCAUGGUGAGCUGUUCGAGAAGAGUCCCCAUCUUAUCGAUCGAGCCCUUUACUGCGGACAGCAGAAGCUGUGGAAAACCACGGGGCGGGCCAAGGAUCGAAACAAGAUCGUAGAGGUUCCUUUGAACAACCACACUGCGCUUCUCGACGUGAACAAUUUGGACAACUACCCCGCUAUCAAUCGCUCGUUCAUCGCUACCCAGGAACAGCUGUGGACCUUGUCCGAUAUCUCGCUCAUUGCCAACGACGCGCUUCGAGGCCAACGGAGACAGCAUUGGCAUGUACAGAAAGCCCUGCGAGGUCAAGGACGUCAGCCUGUGUUGGCAAAUCGGAACAAUCGCCAAGAGGACGGUGAGCAGUUCAACGGCUGGUUGUCCGUGUUCUACAAUAGGAAGGAUUCUUGGGCGAAGGCCACCCUUGACAUGCCACUGUUCUAUGUGCCGCACAAUCUCAUUGCAGAUGUCGAUGAUCACGAAGAGAGCGCCAACUUAUUGAAGCAGCUUGCCCUCGAUCUUACCAGAUACUCAACCUGGUCGCUGGUGAUUGGGGUUUGGAACGACUAUCUCAUCCCAGCUGCCGAGAGGGACGACCUUGACCUCAUUAGACUUCUUGGUCGCAGGUUGCGACGCAUGAUUCGGGGUAGGCCUCCACCCCCGCCAGGGCAACAGCAUGAUGACUCUCCCGAUGAGGAUAAUGAUGACGGCCGCGGAUACAGCGCCGAUGAGGGCGACGAUGCCGAUGAGGGCGACGACAACUGGGGAGCAGACGAUGGUGAUGGUGAUGAUGGUGAUGGCGGUGAUGGUGAUGGCGAUGACGGUGAUGGCGAUGACGGUGAUGGCGAUGAUGGUAGUGGCGAUGAUGGUAGUGGAAGUGAGGAUUCGGAUGUGUACUAA